CGCCCAGAGAUCAUUUUGGAGCACAGAGGCGGGCCGCCACCGCGCAACCCACGGACGGCUCCGCCAUGGAGGAGGCAGCCGCCGGCCCGCGGGGCCGGAGCUCAAGGGGGACCGAGAGGGCCUCUCCCCACACACUUCAUGGCCUGCACGUGCACAGGUGGUCCCCCGGUCGGCGGAGCGCAUUCCGACCCGCCCACUGCGUCCCCUGCUCUCCUUCGCUCCGGCUGCCACUGCUCGGAAGAGCGUGAGAGAAGAAGAGAGACGAGGAACGUCGUGGCAAAGAGAGCGAAAUGAUGCGAGCGACGUUCCUCGCCGCCCUCCUCGUCCUCCACGCGGCAGCCGCGCCCUCGUCCUACGCUCACGACCACCACGGGAGGAGAGCGUGCGGCGGCCGGGAGCCUCGCCGCCAUCGUCGGCAUCAUCGCAUGGUCACGGCGACCGAGUCGUACGUCCUGCCGCUGCAUAAGCCCUUCCUGACGCUGUGUCAGGGCCGCCGCCUCUGCAGCACCUACAAGACGACGUACACGCUGGCGUACCGCCAGGUGAGCAGAGUGGCGUCUUUCUCCAACUUCGACCCCGAAUGUUGUCCAGGGUGGAGACGCUUUCACUCGCUUCGCUGUAACCAAGAUGUGGACGAGUGCGCGGAGCAGCACCCGUGCUCUCACGUCUGCGUCAACACAGUGGGUAGUUUCCGAUGCACGUGCCGCCAGGGUUACGUCCUGGCCGGCGACGCCCGCUCCUGCCGCCGUCUCGGAGGGCCCGCCUCCACUCCGGCGCCGCCGUCAGGCGGAACGUCGGGCGACGCUCCCGACAACGCGACGGCCGAAAUGCAGAACUUGAGGAGCAGAGUGGAGCUUUUGGAGAAAAAGCUGCAGGUGGCGCUGGCGCCAUACAGCAGCGUUUUCCCAGAGGAGGUUGCGUCGGACGAGAGCGCCACCUUGCUGUCGCACUCCUUCCGCCAGCUGGACCGCAUCGACUCCCUAAGUGAGCAGAUCGGGUUCCUCGAGGAGCGCCUGGGAACUUGCUCCUGCCAGGAAAACUCACCGCAACCGGAACUAAAACGUGGCCGAAACACGCACACAUCGAGAUCCUACUCAUCGCUUAGUCGAGCGCAAUCGUCGCACAAAUAAACAAGGCGCUGUUUCUCCACAGGUUGGCUUCCACAAAGGCGGCAAUUCGGGCAACUCCGACGUGAUGGCUUUCAUGUUUCCAAUAGUAAUUCGAAAAAAAAAACAUGUCAACGGUCAUGUCAACAAUACGAUAUAUUUGAUUUGUUUUUUUGGGGGCGGGGGGCAGGGAGCUAAUGAUUCUUUGAUGUUCCCAAACAUUACGCCUUUGUUCCAAAAACUAAGAUCGUAUCGUUGACGUUUGUCAUUUGGAAAACUGUGUCUGUGACUUUUUUUUUUUUUUUUAACACGUCUGAUGAGUUCAUCAACCUUGACCUGUUUUCGUCUCUUCGCUGUUUCCAAACAUGAAGUCUUUGUUUCAUAAAACUUUGAAUCCAUCUUUCAAACUGCAUUGUGUCAAAUGCGCUCACAUUCUCGAUUGUUCUCAACUCAAAUUUCAACUUGGGUGUUUCAAAGCCUUUCUACUGGAUGUGUC